AUGGGUCUUUGCAUGUCAUUCCCUCGCCACCGUCGCCAUCCCGCCAUGGGUAUGGGUGGUAUGGGUGGUAUGGGCGGUUUUGGUGCACCCCCUCGUCGGUAUUAUGGCGGUGGAAUGGGAAUGGGUGGUGGUUAUGGGUACGGCGGAGGGUUCGGUAGUCCUAUCGGUGGUGGAUACGGACGAUACGGAGGAGGAUUUGGUGGUCGACCUGGCUUUGGUCCCGGUGGUGGCUGUGGACCUGGAGGUGGACGCCGGGGGCGACGGUGGUGA